ACCAAAAAAACAUUCAUGCCCAGGCUGUCUGUGGAAAUGCAAGUGAUAGAGCCUGUGGAUACUGCAGAAUUCAUGAACGCAGCCAGUGAGUGCAAACUGGAUAUCAUAGACAGGUAUCUGGCAGAUGGUGGGAACCCAAACGCCCACGAUGAGCUGAAGAGGACAGCACUCCACCGCGCCUGCCUGGAAGGACAUGCUCCAGUUGUCCAAAUGCUUUUAGGAAAAGGAGCUGAUAUCAACUUAAAAGAUCAACUGGGCUCUAGGGCCAUACACUGGGCCUGCAGAGGGGGAAACCUGACGGUAGUCGAAGUCCUGAAGAGCCACGGGGCUGAUCUUAAUGUUAGAGAUAAGUUGCAUAGCACACCUCUGCAUGUUGCCACGAGAACAGGCCACACCUCUAUUGUGGAAUACCUGCUGUCUUGUGGGGCCUUAAUCAACUCCAGGGACAGGGAAGGUGACACAGCCCUGCACGAUGCAGUGCGUCUGAACAGAUACAAGAUAGUGAAGCUGCUCAUAGUUGCUGGAGCUGACACAAAAAUAAAAAAUCAUGAAGGACUGACAGCAGUGCAGCAGGUAAAACAAUGGCAGUUUGACAUCGUGGAGACCCUGCAGAGGCUCGAGAAACUGAGGAAGGUGGGAGUACUGUCGCCUGCUAACAACUCAGGGGAGGAGUGAACAGUGCAGCUGUGCAUCUGUGCAAGGAUCACCUCAGUUUACAUUGCAACUGAGUGGUUACAGUUCUGCGCAUUUAACUAAAAGCCAGCAGAUAUCCCGGGAUUGUUGAGGCUCUCAGUGAGCUAAAAUCCACCUGGUUGAUGAUCCACCCUUGACUCAUAUUGUAUAUUAUUUCUAUAUCACUUUCUAUGAGUAUCUGCCACAGGUUCUCUCUAUAUAAAUAUAUUCUGUACUUCUAUGUAGUGCUGUGUAAAUGAUAUUUGCAUCUGUGUUUCCAGGACGUUACUGUAAAACCUCUAAAUCAGUCUGAAAAUAUCAGUUGGGAAUUAACACUAACAUUAAAAAGUAUCUGCUUAUUUAAAACAGAAAGAAAGCAACUCACGAGUGAAGAAACAAAGCCAACCUCAGGAUUUUGAAACGAGGUUUAAAAGUGCUUAAUAUUGUUACGAACACUCUGAAUAUUUCACAUCUGAUUUGAGAUGCCUUUGAAAGUUAAAUAAAGCUGACAGAGAUAGGGACUGUGUAAAAGUUGUUUUUGAAUAUAAAUUAGAGGUCCUUCUUUUAUUGAGCCAGUAGGCCAGGCCAGAGAACGCAUUAGCCCUG